CGUGGACCCCCCCAGUCUUCCCGCGGCCACCGCUUUUCUUCCAGCCGCGGCUCCAGGGCACAGGACCAGGGCGGACAUGGCCUUGGCCACCGCGGCCGCUGCACGAAGGACUCUCCUCUGGUCCCGUCCCCUGCUCCCCAGGCGCGGCUACCAGACGGAGAGGGGUGUCUACGGCUGCCCGCCCAGGAAGGCCGCGAGCCGCGAGCUCCGGGACGGCCCGGCGCGGCCCCCAGUUGAUCAUGGCCUUUCCAGAUUGGUGGCAGCAUACUGUGAGCAUGGUCACAAAGCUGCCCAGAUCAACCCUCUCAUCACUGGACAAGACCUGCUAGACAAGGUGCCUGAAAUCCAAGCCCUCGUGGAGACACUGCAGGGACCCUUGACCACCACAGGAUUAUUGAACAUGGGCAAGGAAGAAGCCUCUCUGGAGGAAGUAUUAGCCUAUUUGAACCAGAUCUUCUGUGGGCCAAUUUCUAUUGAAACUGCCCAACUUCAGACCCAGGAAGAGAAAGACUGGUUUAUGAGGCGGUUUGAGGAGCUGAAAAAGGAGCCAUUUACCACGGAAGAGCGAAAACAUCUGUCAAAAUUAAUGUUAGAAUCUCAGGAGUUUGACCACUUUCUGGCCACCAAAUUUGCCACAGUGAAGCGCUAUGGAGGUGAAGGGGCUGAAAGCAUGAUGGGCUUUUUUCAUGAGUUGCUGAAGAUGUCAGCCUACAGCGGGAUAACUGAUGUCAUCAUUGGGAUGCCCCAUCGAGGGAGGCUGAAUUUAUUGACAGGCCUUCUGCAGUUACCUCCAGAGCUGAUGUUCCGUAAAAUGCAAGGCUUAAGUGAAUUUCCAGACAAUGUCUCAGCCAUUGGAGAUGUCCUGUCUCACCUGACAUCGUCUGUGGACCUGGACUUUGGUUCCCACCGUCCGCUCCACGUGACAAUGCUGCCGAACCCCUCACACCUGGAAGCCGUUAAUCCCGUGGCUGUGGGGAAAACUCGUGGCAGACAACAGUCUCGGCAGGAUGGGGACUACUCUCCCAAUGAUUCAGCUCAGCCUGGGGACAAAGUCAUUUGCUUACAGGUUCAUGGUGAUGCAUCUUUCUGCGGUCAAGGAAUUGUUCUUGAAACAUUUACACUGUCUAACCUCCCACAUUUCAGAAUUGGUGGCAGUAUCCAUUUGAUUGUCAAUAACCAGCUGGGUUACACCACUCCUGCAGAAAGAGGAAGGUCUUCUUUAUACAGUAGUGAUAUUGGGAAGCUUGUAGGCUGUGCUAUCAUUCACGUCAAUGGAGACAGGCCAGAGGAAGUAGUCCGGGCCACACGACUAGCUUUUGAAUAUCAGCGCCAAUUCCGGAAAGAUGUGAUUAUUGAUUUGUUAUGCUACAGGCAGUGGGGCCACAAUGAACUGGACGAGCCUUUCUUCACCAAUCCAAUCAUGUAUAAAAUCAUCAGGGCCCGAAAAAGCAUCCCAGACACAUAUGUAGAGCACCUCAUUGCCAAUGGGCUCAUGACCCAGGAGGAGGUGUCUGAAAUAAAAGCUUCCUACUAUGCCAAGUUAAAUGACCACUUAACCAACAUGGCCAAUUACCGACCUCCUACCCCCCACCUGCAGGCCCACUGGCAGGGCCUGGUUCAGCCGGAAGCAUGCAUCACUACCUGGGACACAGGUGUGCCCCUUGACCUCCUGAGGUUUAUUGGCAUGAAGUCUGUGGAGGUCCCGAAGGAACUGCAGGUGCACACUCACCUUCUAAAGAUGUAUGUUCAGUCUAGAAUGGAGAAAAUAAAGAAUGGAACAAAUUUAGACUGGGCCACAGCAGAAACCCUUGCACUGGGCUCCCUACUUGCUCAAGGUUUUAAUGUCCGCCUAAGUGGCCAAGAUGUUGGCCGUGGAACUUUUAGUCAGAGGCACGCAAUGGUGGUUUGCCAGGAGACCGACAACACCUACAUCCCCCUGAACCACAUGGAUCCUAACCAGAAGGGAUUUCUGGAGGUCAGCAACAGCCCCCUAUCAGAAGAGGCUGUCCUGGGGUUCGAGUAUGGGAUGAGCAUUGAAAGUCCAAAGUUACUGCCCCUAUGGGAGGCUCAGUUUGGCGAUUUUUUCAAUGGAGCCCAGAUCAUCUUUGACACAUUCAUCUCUGGAGGAGAGGCAAAGUGGCUCCUGCAGAGUGGCAUUGUCAUCCUCCUUCCACACGGCUAUGAUGGGGCAGGGCCUGACCACUCAUCCUGUCGAAUAGAGCGCUUCUUGCAGAUGUGUGACAGUACAGAAGAGGGGGUGGACGGAGACAUGGUGAACAUGUUUGUGGUACACCCGACCACUCCCGUGCAGUAUUUCCACCUGCUCAGGAGACAGAUGGUCCGGAACUUCAGGAAACCACUCAUUGUUGCUUCUCCCAAGUUGUUGCUCAGGUUCCCUGCAGCUGUGUCCACUCUUCAAGAAAUGGCACCAGGAACAACAUUCAAACCAGUCAUCGGUGAUUCAUCUGUGGAUCCAAAUAAGGUUAAGACCCUUGUGUUCUGUUGUGGCAAACAUUUCUAUGCUCUGCUGAAGCAUCGAGAAUCUUUAGGGGCUAAGAAGCAUGACUUUGCCAUCAUCCGAAUAGAGGAACUCUGCCCUUUCCCUCUGGACUCAUUAUGGCAAGAGAUGAAUAAAUACAAACAUGUGAAAGAUUUUAUUUGGAGUCAAGAGGAACCUCAGAACAUGGGCCCAUGGAGUUUUGUUUCCCCAAGGUUUGAAAAGCAACUGGCCUGCAAGCUCCGCCUUGUGAGCCGGCCCCCACUGCCAGCACCCGCGGUGGGGAUUGGCACUGUGCACCUGCAGCAGCAUGAAGAUGUCCUCACCAAGACCUUUGCUUGAUAUUGUCCUUUGAAGAAACAUGACUUCCUUUUAAGCAGACUGCCAUAGAAAGAGAAACCUGCUUUCUCUACUUUUUCCACUUUCCCCUUGUAAUGUGAAAAGCUUGUGUUCCUCCAAAGUGUCGGGACCCAUUCACACAGUUAAAUCUGGCACAGGUGUGAUAAACAGGGAAAUUGAUUAUAAAUACAUGAGUCAAAUUAGGACAUUUUAUCCUUAGCAGUAUGGGAGGGUUGUGAUUUCUCCAACUCAACUGAAUGAGUUGGAGAAUUAGGUCAUUAGCUUUAUGUGUUCAGACUCUAUUGUAAUUAGUUAUAUAUGACCAAGGAUAUCUAUAUGUAUAUAUAUUAUAUAAUAUAUUGUAGAUAUAUUAUAUAUAAUAUAUACAUAUAGAUAGCUUCAAAACUGCCUCUUGAUUUGCUUGAUGCGUGCCACUUUAAUUUUUAUCUUCCUUUCCCAAAGUCCUGUAUCAGUAUUUUUGUUUUUUGUUACCUCACAGCCAUAUACAAAAUAUUCUGCCAAAAUGCCAGCAAAAUUAGAUCAUUCCAACUGCUCACUGUUGGCUUCUGGCUAUAAUCCUAGCUACUGAGGGCACUGAGACCUGGAAGAAUGUGAUUUGAGGUCAGCCUGGAUAGAAAAGC